AUGCAGACCCUGCCCGGAGCCAACGACAAGGAGAAGCUUGACUCCCUCACUGCUCUCAACCACAAGGAGCAGGCGGUCUGGUUCUUGAACGCCUUCUGGAACUCUGUGGGCGAGGCCAACGCCGAGCAGGUGUGGUCUUUCAAGCAGAAGUUCGAUGAGCUCGACUCGGAGAAGCGUGCGGAGGGCAGCACUCUGGAUGAGAUGCAGGCCCACCGUUUCCUUGAGACCAUCAAGGAGACCCUCACCGUCCAGGCCAUGCGCGAGAAGCUCCGCUCGACCGGCGCCAUCGCUGGCCAGAUCAGGCGCGUGCCCCUGACCCACUACCUCAUCAUGAAGUACAACGUCGACUGGCACGACCUGGUCAACGCCGUGCUGGGCGACAUGGAGGAGAUCAGGAAGGCGCAGCAGAAGCUGGACGAGGUGCAGGCCGCCCUCCGUGAGGCCGAGCAGCGCGAGCAGGAGUCCAAGCAGGCCAAGCGCGAACUCGACGCCGCCCUUAAGGACGUCAAGGACCAGGAGGACGCCAGGAACAACAAGACCGCCGAGCUGCAGAAGAAGAGCGAGGAGGGUGGUCUCGUCUCGAGGAACAGGGCCAAGGCCGAGCUCGCCCAGCACCUCGCCGAGGAUCCGCUGCCCCUGCGCAAGGCCAAGAUCACGCUGGAGGCCGCUGUGAAGAAGGCCGACAAGGCCGCCAUCGCCGCCGAGGCCGCCGUCGAGGAGGCCAGGGUCAAGUUCGAUGAGGCCCAGGCCUACCUGGAGAAGGUCAAGAAGGGCGGCAGCCCCAAGGGCGCCCUGUGGUGGAUGGAGCGGGAGCUGCUCGAGGCCAGGGCCUACCUGCCCAAGUCCAAGGGCGGAUACAACAAGAGGGAGGGCGCCGCCCAGUAG